GACGCUGUUGUGAUGGCGGUGUCGUGUCUAACUCGGGCUCUGCGCUCCCUGACUCUCUCCCAGCCUGCUCUGCUCUCCUCGCAGGCAUUCGCACAGACUAAGCUGGGAGCUCAGGCGCUCAGUGCAGUCGGACAGUGCAGAGGCUUCCUCACCACAGCCCCUCUGGAGCAGAACAGGACAUACUGGAAGCAGAGGGAGGGGUACACCGUCAGGCCUAUAGGGAUGAAGAAGACAGGCGGCAGAGAUCACUCAGGAAGGAUUCGGACACAUGGCAUCGGUGGCGGCCAUAAACAGAAAUACCGGUGCAUCGACUUUCAGCGGCUGCACUAUGAGGCAAACAGAGAGGCCCAGCCCUUUGAAGAGAAGGUUGUUGAAGUGCGAUACGACCCGUGCAGGUCUGCUGACAUUGCGCUGUUAGCCGGAGGCAACCGGAAAAGAUGGAUCAUCGCCACAGAGAACAUGCAGACCGGAGACAUCAUUAAAACAUCUGGAGUUAUUGGACGCAUGGCAGUUUCAGCUAAUGAGGGUGACGCAUACCCACUGGGAGCUCUCCCUGUGGGGACGCUGGUGAACAACCUGGAGAUACAACCAGGGAAGGGAUCUGAGUACAUUCGUGCUGCAGGUACAAGCGGCGUUUUGCUCCGUAAAGUCAACGGAACAGCGAUCGUUCAGCUUCCGUCCAAGCAGCAGGUUCAGGUGCAUGAGACCUGCAUGGUGACGGUGGGACGAGUGUCCAACAUUGACCACAACAAACGGAUCAUUGGCAAAGCUGGUCGCAACCGUUGGCUUGGCAAUCGCCCUUCGAGCGGCUUGUGGCAGAGGAAGGGAGGCUGGGCAGGACGCAAGAUUAAACCACUGCCUCCGAUGAAGAGCUACGUCAACCUGCCCGCAAUCUCAGCUAAAUAACACAACACGAGUCUGGACAUGUUUGGGACUGGAGAUUGUUGUGUCCUGCUUGUAAUCACCUUGUAUUAUUAUUGUAGUCCUUACAACGGAAUGGAAUCAAUCGUUUGGAGAGAAAACGGGAAUAAAGAGGAGCUGUUUGUACAGAAGAUUAAAAAUUUUAUUAAACACACUGCUUGUGAGAGCAUGGAAAGAAACAAAACAAUAUAAAAAUCCAAAACAUAUUUACAUCUAUAGUAAAACAUGCAGAGUAACCCAUAUUUUUAGUGGUAAAUUUAAAAAUACUGUCAUGUCAUUUAAAAUAGGGUUUGUGCAAAGACACUGGGUGGCAUUUCAAGUAACAGGAGCAAUGAGAUGGCAUGUUGUAACUGUAGUUUGACCAUUAAUGAAAAACAUUAACACUGGUGUUAAGAGUUAAUUUUUUUGCAGUGCCAAAGUGAGCAUGCCUGCUCAUUGAUCCAGUCUUGCAAAACACCCCCAUGCUACCUCUGGAUUUAGGGCGAAAAAAAAAAAAGAACAAAAAAAAACUUGAGGUCAAAUACAUUGAAAUACACUUGUCAUUAUGCCCGUUUUGCAUUUAAAAGGCUAAGUCACAUGACAAAUUCCCUCAAACAACUCUGCCCUGGCUAACACUUCACAGCCCUAAGUGACAGAUGAGUAAGGGCCAGUUGGUCUCCCAACUAAGAGAAGAUAGUGAACCCUUCAAAAAGCAGGAGACAAGAAAACUCGACUGUCGUCGCAGGCAGACAUGUAUGGUUGUAGCUGCAAAAUAAGCUUUUCAACAUCAAGUGGCAAAACAUUAAGGAACAGACAGCCGUGGUGGUUUUUCAGACCUCACAGGGCACAAAGGCAGAAUGAGUAGGACUUUUCAAAACACAGCAUUCGAAGUUGGCCCCUCCCCGGCUCAAUGGCACCAGAAGCGUCCAAGGACGUGUGUUUACGAUGUGGCACCUGGUUGCUUCGUUUUUAGAGUCCCACUUUCGCACCCUGAACGCUGUUAUUGGCUGGGGGCUCCACACCCACUGC